CGAUAGGCGACCGCGGCGGUCGGCGCAUGAGCGAAAUUACGCGGUACGCCCGGUCGCCAGUGCUUCCAACAUCAUUACUCACUCCACACGCAUCGGAGUCUCGAACCUCCGACUUAUCGAGAAUAAUGACAUACCCACACCCUCCCUCAGCGCCGACGUACUUCACGAGUUAUUAAAGAAACUAAAAUAAUGACCAAUAAAAACGGUGUUGGAAUGUUGUGCUCGCUCUAAGGAAUCUGACUGUAUCUGUGUUCAGUGACGCUUUUGAAAUUUAAGUGCGUUAGUGAGAAGAGCCACCUGUGAACCGAGUCCCAGACAGCGUAAAGAUGAAGGAAGACAGCGAUAAUUCAGCGCUGGCUGAACGAAUAGCUGAAUUCAAGAGUGAUCCGGAGAAACUUCGGCAGGCCUCUGAAUUCGUAGAUCAACUGAUUCAGCAAGCAAAGAAAGAGGCAGAAAUAAAACAUAAAGAGAAAGAAAGAAGCAAAUUUGAAUCACAAGAGCUUGGAUCAAACAACCUCAAACGGCGGUUCGGUCGAGCCCGCGGUUUCAUGCUGCGUAUGUUCGACGCUCUAUGCAACUGCACGCAGACAGCGGCCGCUGCCGCACGCACACACGCCCGCAACAAUCCCUUUACAAAGCGCUAAUUGCUAAACAUUUGCCGCCAUUUUCGAGAUCAACUGCAGUACGUGUUGGCAGUGAGGGUUGGUUUGAGACACGCGGGUAACUAAAUGAAAUACUGGGAGGAAAAUAAAGAACGUCCGGAUGGAAAAUAUAUUAUUCAUUUUAAGAGUGGUGCGCUUGCAAUAUGAUAAUUAAUAAUUAUGAUACUGCAAGCAUUUCUAGAUAGGAUAGAGAUGAUCUGUUUUGUAUUAUUGGUAAUCCGGGAUUGAAUAGUGAUGUUAGCUUACAUUUUAAGCGUAUACACGUGACCUGUGAAGUUAAAUGUCGAGUUAUGUAAAGUUUGUAUGCCGAAUUUGAGCUACGGUAAUCAAUAUUCUGCAGAGCGAAGGAAAGCUUGCGAUCUCAAAUCAUAAGAUUGUAUAAUAUGGAAUUAUUAGAUAAACUCUGUGUUGUAGGUACCUACCACGAACGCGCAAAAGCAGACACAAAUAUAUUUAAUUUAUAUUAUUAUACCUAUAUCCUUUACCAAAUAGUUUAGAUUAGUGUCUUCCUAUUUUCCUUAUAGACGUUGUGAUACCCACUGAUGUAUUCGUAAUUAAAAAACGCUUAGUAUUUAUCUUCUAUAUUGUGUAUAGUAGCAUUAAACGUAGCGAAAUAUCUUGAAGACCCAUAUCAGUGUAUUUUGGAUUAUACGAAAAUGUAGAACUUAAAAUAAAUGUUGUAAGUUAUAGUCGAUGAUGGAAUUAAAAACAAACAUUUUAACAAUUGAUGUAAAUAAGUGUUAAGUUGUCUGUAAUGAAGCUAUUUUGUCUAAGUACUUAUAUCCCAAUCUAAUUUAUUUUAUAGUUAUCUUAAAACAUUUAUAUACCGAGUAUAUAUUAUAUAAAAUUAUCAUUUAAUUUGUACAUAAUAUAUAAAAUGACUGCAGUAUUGAAACUUUAACUUUUACGUAUACUUUUUGAUGGCAAUUUUAAUAAAAAGUAUCCCUAAGAAUUUUUAUAUGACGAGAUUUUUACUUUCUGGUAGGUAGUCUUCGGAAAGAACAUUUUUAUUUAUGAAGAAGCAUUAUUUUCAAAUUUAACCAAAAUAUUUUGUUAAAUAAGAAGUCAAUGCUAUCACCAAAUAUAACAAGAAAUGUUUACCUACUAGGUACUGCACCUUUAAACUAAUUAUUGUGUUCAAUUUUGGUUUUUAAAUAGUGAAUUAGCAGUGGUAGAUAAUCUAGAAGCUAUAAUAUUAUAUUCUUCUAUAUAAUAUUCUUCGACCUAUCAUAAUAUAAAUGUUUAUUGUAAAAUUAUUGUUUCACUGUCGAGCGAGAUUGUAUGUUCUUGUGAGCUGUACCUAUUAUAAAUGUUCAAUGUGAUAUCCUGCCUGUAACUAAAACUUCCGAUGUGAUCUGACUUGCGAAUUCUUCUAUCAAAUAAAUGAUUUUGUGAA